UGCCCGUGUCUGCUCCGGGAGGGAGGGACGGCGAUCCGCCAGGGAGAGGAGCUCGGCCUCAGGGAGAGAGACCGGGAGGGCGACAUGGCAGCCAACAUGUACAGAGUGGGAGAUUAUGUUUACUUUGAAAACUCCUCCAGCAAUCCAUACCUUAUCCGAAGGAUAGAGGAACUGAACAAGCAGACCGGCAGUGGCAACGUAGAAGCUAAGGUUGUGUGUCUGUACCGGAGAAGAGACAUUUCCAGCAACCUUAACGGUCUCGCAGACAACCAUGCACGAGAGUUUGAAGAAGACUCGAAGCAGCCAGCUCUGGUGGAUCAGGAACGGCACCAACUCAAACACAGAGAGCUCUUCCUGUCACGUCAGUUUGAGUCCCUCCCUGCCACACACAUCAGGGGGAAGUGCAACGUGGCUUUGCUAAAUGAGACUGAGCAGCUGAGCGAGUACCUGGAUAGAGAGGACUGUUUCUACUACUCAUUGGUGUUCGACCCCUUGCAGAAGACAUUGAUAGCUGACCAAGGGGAGAUUAGAGUUGGGCCCAAGUACCAGGCUGACAUCCCAGACAAACUGGCAGACGGUGAAUCAGAUAAUAGGAACCAGCAGAAAAUGGAAACAAAAGUAUGGGACCCAGAUAAUCCACUGACUGAUCGGCAAAUUGACCAAUUCCUGGUUGUGGCUCGAGCGGUAGGAACGUUUGCCCGUGCUUUAGACUGCAGCAGCUCGAUCAGGCAGCCCAGUUUACACAUGAGUGCGGCUGCAGCAUCUAGGGACAUCACACUGUUCCACGCCAUGGAUACGCUACAACGUAACUGCUACGACCUCGCCAAAGCAAUGUCAACUUUAGUUCCACAAGGAGGACCUGUAUUGUGUCGGGAUGAGAUGGAGGAAUGGUCGUCAUCUGAGGCUAUGCUUUUUGAGGAGGCACUAGAAAAAUACGGCAAGGACUUCACGGACAUUAGACAAGACUUUUUACCUUGGAAAUCAUUGGCCAGUAUUGUCCAAUUUUAUUACAUGUGGAAGACCACAGAUCGAUACAUCCAACAGAAAAGGUUGAAAGUAGCUGAAGCUGACAGCAAACUGAAGCAGGUCUACAUUCCUACCUAUACAAAGCCCAACCCUAAUCAGAUUGUAUGUGUUGGGACAAAAGGAGGAAUGAUGAAUGGAGCUACAGGAUUCCAGAAAUCUGCGGCUGGCCUAACCUGCGAGAGCUGUCACACCACACAAUCUCCACAGUGGUAUGCCUGGGGACCACCCAACAUGCAGUGUCGGCUGUGUGCAUCCUGUUGGAUCUACUGGAAGAAAUAUGGUGGCCUAAAGACACCAACAGCACUCGAUGGGGAAAAGUCACGACCUCCUUCAGAGCCCAGAUCAAAGGGGCCAUAUGGCCGCCAGGAUCCUCAGGGUUUGCUGUCAUAUAACAGCUCCAAACUCCUGGCCAAGAACCGGCAAACAUUCCUCCUCCAGACAACCAAGCUGACCCGCGUUGCACGACGGCUAUGUGAUGAUAUCCUCCGGCCGAGGAGGGCAGCAAGGCGGCCCUAUAUCCCUGUCAACAUCGGAGCCAUUAAGACUGAAUGUGCUAUCAGACUUCCAAAAGCAGCAAUAAAACCACUCAGGAUCCGGCCUGUGGCACGUCCUACAUUAGCUAAUAUCAUGAAAGAGUUGGGCGAAUUGGCUGCACGUGGUCCAGUGAAGCCAAGGAUUCUAAAAGGGAGUGAGACAAACCGAAGCAUCCUAAAUGUUAACCGCGGAAUGCUGCCCCUGCUGGGGAAACGCACCUUCAGCAAACAAAAUGGAGUUGAAAGAGCACCAAGUCCCAUCCAUGUAAGGCAGGUGACUGCUAGCCCCCAUUCAGCCAGUGGCAGACCCUUUUCUGCUGGGAUGAAGACAGAGCGAGGUGGCACUGAGCCAGCGUUUAAGCGACAGAAAUUGAACCCUGGAGAUGCCCCUGACCCGAUUGUCUUCGUGGCAACAGACCAUACCAGGAUGAUUCGGAAAGCUUUGAGCCAGUCGGAGAUGCGGAGAGCUGCACGUAGACCUUCUGUGCAAGUUAAAGUGAAACUCAUGAAUUCAGCUCGCUCAACUGGCCUAGCAGAGCCCAUCAUCCUGGAGGACUGACCAUACUGAUCUUAUACACAUGCACACACAGACCUGUCUGGACACACACUCUCAGACACGCAUGCACAGGCAUAUGUACACACAGAAACGUGUACAAAUGCAGAUUUUCAUGCACAUAAAACACAAAUGUGAGCAAGUGAACGUGCGUGCACACAUUUAAGCACACAGACACACAUAGCCCACACAUGGGCGCACACAGACACACACCUCCUUCUCAAAUCUUCAGGGAAUUCACAAAAACAGAAAGGAUUCUCACACGUUUUCCCACCCACUUGCCCCAAGCCUUCCCUUUCUGUAUUCUGACUGAACUGUGGGCCUGCAGUCACCAUCUGCUCCGCUGGUCAUGUGCAUAUCCAAGAAACACACAGUACGUCGAGCAAUGUAUAUAAACCCGACUGCCUCAUUCCAAGCUUCAGUUUCAGUUUCAUUGCCACUCCCAAAGGUAUAAUUGUGAACCCUGAAUUAUGAAAUUUCUUGAUGAUUGUGUUUUGGGAAAAACUUGUACUGACUUUUUUUUUAAAAGUACUGAACUGAAAGAUAGAGUUGCCCAGUUUGAUAUCAGGUUUAUUGAUUAUACAGUGAUAAUAUUUUGUGUGCUUUUAUUUUUUAUUUCUCUUGCUGCUUUUUAAACUAGUGCUUGUCCAGACUACCCAAGGAAGGUUCUCUUCCACAUGUUCGGUCAGGCAGCAGACAGUUCCAGGGUGUUUUGUUUUGAAAUUUUUUGUUUUAUUCUUUGGGCUGCGCAGUCCGGAAAUUUUUAAAGAGGUGAAAACGGACACAGAUCUUUCUUUUGUAUAAAAAAAAUUAAAAUUUGUUUUUUUUCCACUCUA